CACUGAUCCACACUGGUAUGCGGCACUGACUGGCACUGAUUGGCAGCACUGAUAGGUGGCACUGACUGGCACUGAUGGGUGACAAUGAAAGGCAGCUCAGAUGGGCACUGAUAUGUGGCACUGAUGGACACUGAAAUGUGGCACAAAUGUGGCACUGAUGGGCACUGGCAGGUGGCAUGGAUGAGCACUGAGAGCUGGCACUGAUGGACACUGACAGGUGGCGCUGCUGGGGCUACACAGAUCAUCAGGGCACACUGAUCAUCAGUGGUCUGAUGAUCUGUGUACAUGUCCCCUCCGAGGAAUGCCGAUUACUGGCUCUCCUCACGAGCUGUCACUGUGAUUGGACACAGCUGAUCACAUGACC